CGCACAGUUCGAGUCAUUGAUCCCGAUACAUUCCCGGGCUGUCGACGCGAUCCAACGCCAUGGAGGAGCUCGCGCGCCCGUCUGAGUCGGAACCUCUCGUUCCGCCGCUUGUGCUUGCUGUGUACAUCGCAUGCGUUGCCGGCGCUGGCGCUCUAGCUAACUGCUCAGUGCUGGCCGCACUUUUUAAAUCAGCCAGAAACGGUUUGUCAGCAAUUAUUAUACAAUUAGCUUUAGCCGAUUUCGCACUGAUUGGAACAUCUAUAUCUCCAGAAUUGUGGGCAUGGAAUGCGAGAAAAUGGCAUUUCGGCAGCAUCGGCUGUGCAGCUUAUAGAGGACUAAAUGUGUUUGCUUCGACAGCAUCAGCUUAUUUAAUCGUCACCAUAGCCCUUCAUACUCUGGCCAUUUUUAACUUAGAAGACAAGUUAAGGAAACAUCGGAACAAGAGAAGUCUUCCAGAUGAUGAUGAAAUGGGAUCAUCACGACAUAGUUUGGUUGCAAAUAGUGACUCCUCAACACCGCGUCGAACUAUGCACGUCGACUACCGACUCGCAGAAACCAAGGUUCCAGUGACUCAACCCAGUGCUUUUAUUUGGGUGUUGUCAGCAUCGUUAAGUGUUCCGGAAUUUACAUUAGCGAUAACAAUUCACGAAGAUCACGACAUUGUGCUAUGCACUUCAGUGGAUACCAAUCAUAAAAUCAACAUGCAAACUAUGCUUGCAAUAUUUGAUCUGGUUUUGCCUUUAAUAAUAAUGACUUUAACUGGAGCUUUAGUAGUGAACAAAUUAAAAUCGAAGAAACUGUAUGAUAUUUAUAAUUAUGAAUCAAUAGCAGCAUUAAAAUUAUCGUUAUGGUUAAUAAUUGUGUACAGUGUUUUUUGCGUUCCUCGAUCAGUUGCUUCCGUAUACCAUGUUUAUUCGAUUUCCAAAAGUGGAAAUGAAAUAUCGCCAAUCGAUCAGGUACCUAAGGAUUAUACAACUGCGAUAAUAAGGUUAGCAUUUAGUGGUAUAUAUCUCGCAUCGACUUUAAUACGACCUUUACUAUGUAUAUUUAUGAUACCGAGUUUAAAAAAAGUUUUCUCUGUCGGUUUAAGAGAUUCAAACAUAGACUGUGUGUGAUAUUUGUCA